AAGGUGAAAGGGAACUACGGCAAGCGAAGGAGGCUAUAAAUAUGUGGUCAAUACGGUCGUGAGUUCUUACUGGGUACUUUGCUAGAAGAACCUGCAAAAUACUGAAGAAUACAUCAGAACUUCAGAAGCAGAGGCCAUCAACAUCAUGAUGGGGUCUACAAAGAGGCAGCUAUGGAGUUGCCUGGUCCUGCUGUCCGUUUGUGUGCUUUGUGUUCUCUCACAUGGAGAUCAUCAAGGUCAGGUGUCAGGAAACCCACAUCCUCCCAUCACCCGCCUGGACAAGAACAUGGUACAGGACAAAGACCAUAUCAUGGAGCAUUUAGACGGAGUGAUUGACAAGCCAGAGUCGGACAUGACUCCUCAAGAACUGCAGCUUCACUAUUUUAAAAUGCAUGACUAUGAUGGUAACAACCUGCUGGAUGGGCUCGAGCUUGCCACUGCCAUUACACAUGUACACAAGGAGGAGAAAGGUGAGAGCAGUCCACCAAUGAAGGAGCAGGACCUCAUCAGCAUUAUCGAUCAAGUCCUCCGCGAUGAUGACAAAAACAACGAUGGCUACAUCGACUAUGCAGAGUUUGCGAAGUCUCUUCAGUAACUGGGGAGAAAUAGAUGUGUGUAGGAUGCAUAGAGUAAGUGGUGUGUUUGUGUGUGGGGUGUGUGCUGCCUUACUGUGAGCUUUGUUUACCUCUAACUGAAUGGUAUCAGUGAUAUGCGUGUAUGCAUUAGACAUGCACAGCAAGGCUGCAGUGUAAAGUGGACUGACUGGAUGUUCGUAGUGCACAGCCCAAUGUGUUUGCUGUUUCAUUAUGUUUUAUUCAACUCCUAAAGCACUUAUAAUUCAAUGAUACAACUGUCAUUUCCCUCCAGAAUUGGAUCUGAGCAGCUAGGAUCUACUGACUGUACUUUAUCCUGUCAGAAUAAAUCAUGGGAUGAAGUGAAACGGAUUGUGUUAUGUCAUAAGACGUCUAAAGAAAACCAUAUAUUGCCUGAAUUUUCCACUGGUGUCAAUAAAUAUACCAAAUCCAA